CGCUCGGCGAAGCUCCUAAGGGGAUGGAGAUGGUGGCGGUCGUCGCCGUCGAUCCCCGUCUUCCCCCACGGGGCGCCGGGAGACCAAGAAGCCCCGCUGCGGCCGCCUGCGAAGGAAGGAGAGAACGGUCAUCUAUUCUGGAUUUAGCUCAGUAGGACAUGAAUGAAGAAAAUUACGUCAUUGGAGCUGGAACUUUAAAAAAACACACUCUCAUUUACAGUUAUGCUGCCAACUUAAGUUUCUUUUGAAGAUUCUUCUUUUUCGCCUUUACACAAAGCUUGAACCACAAUGACUUCGGGUUUGUGGAGUCAAGAAAAAGCGAGCUCUCCAUAUUGGGAAGAGCGUAUAUUUUAUUUACUUCUCCAGGAAUGUAGCAUUAUAGACAAGCAGAGUCAAAAGCUAUUAAAAAUACCUAAAGGUAGUAUUGGUCAGUUUAUUCAAGACAGGUCUUCUGGUGGCCACAUCAGGAACAACCCUUCGUCCAAAAGCAAGAAGCUACAAAUAGGAAUCAAGAUUUUGGAACAGCCCCACGUGGUCCUGUACGUUGACGAUAAAGAGCUCGUUGAUAUAGAUGAAAAGCGAGCCGAGCUGCUAUUGGCAAUCACCAAUUGCGAGGAAAGAUACAGUAUAUUUAAAAGCAGAAGCAGGCUGCGUAAGGGCCUCCACAUCGAUGUCGGUUCCCCAGUGAAAGUGCAGCUGAGAUCAGGAGAAGAGAAAUACCCUGGAAUAGUUCGCUUUAGAGGACCCUUAAUACAAGAAAGAUCUCUGUCGGGCAUAUUUUUCGGGGUGGAGCUUCUGGAAGAAGGUCGUGGUCAGGGCUUUACUGAUGGACAGUACCAAGGCAAACAGCUGUUCAGAUGUGAUGAGGACUGUGGAGUGUUUGUUGCACUAGACAAACUAGAACUGAUGGAAGAUGAUGACAAUGAGCUGGAGAAUGACUAUGCAGCUCCAGUUGACUCAAUGCAGGUAGACCUUCCUCCUUUGGAGCUCAACUCCAGGGUUUCUGUGAAGAUAGGGAAGAAUAUAGAGUAUGGGACAGUUAUAUUCUGUGAUGUCAUACCGGGAAACGAGAGUUUAGGAUACAUUGUUGGAGUGGACAUGGAUAAUCCAAUUGGAAAUUGGGAUGGAAGAUACAAUGGACAACAGCUCUGUAGUUUUGCAAGUGUUGAAAGCACGCUUCUUUUGCAUAUCAAUGAUGUUAUCCCAGAGGCCGUGUCUCAGGACAGGAGAGCUCCCAAACUCGCUUAUACUUCCAGAGGUGGUGGUGAGAAAGGUUUUGGUCAUAGCAAACCAAAAUCUACAGGUGCACUCUCUGAUCCUGGAAACAGAAACAGAACAGAAUUUUUCUACGCUUUAAAUGGCUCCUCAGUAGAUUCUCAGUCAAAAUCAAAAAAUACAUGGUAUAUUGAUGAAGGAGACAAGUUGGUUCACCUUCACCCCAAAAGGCAGAGUCACAAAUUCAACCCAGUGUCACUUCCGAAAGAUUUACCGGACUGGGAUUGGAGGCACAGCUGCAUCCCUUGUCAGAAGAUGGAGCUCUUUGCUGUCCUUUGUAUAGAGACGAGCCACUAUGUGGCUUUUGUUAAAUAUGGCAAGGAAGAUUCCUCUUGGCUCUUUUUUGAUAGCAUGGCUGAUCGGGAUGGUAUGUAUUCUCUUGUGAACGCUCAACUAUAUGGAUACGUGUGCGCCACAAAAAUAAUGAAGCUGAGAAAGGUCCUAGAAAAAGUUGAAGCCGCAUCAGGAUUCACCUCGGAAGAAAAAGAUCCAGAAGAAUUUUUGAACAUUUUGUUUCAUCAUAUUUUAAGAGUAGAACCACUCUUAAAAAUAAGAAUGGAGUUGCUGUGCACAAAAAAAUCUCGUUUCAAUGCAGAUAUACAAAUAGAAUCAGGGUCUGAAAUCUUCAUUGCAGACUUUAGCAGGACCAUACUAGUGCUUGAUUUCCAGUCUGCUCCAGCCCCAAGGCAGUGUCGUAUCUGCGGAGGACUUGCAAUGUACGAAUGUCGGGAAUGUUACGAAGAUUCAGACAUUUCCUCUGGUAAAAUCAAGCAGUUUUGCAAAACUUGCAAUACGCAGGCCAUUUUUCAAGCUGGAGGUCAAAAUGGUUUUAACAUCCCUCAAGUGACUCCGUGCCCGGAAGUUGGCGAGUAUCUGAAAAUGUCUCUCGAUGAAUUGCACUCUCUGGACUCGAGGAGAAUCCAAGGCUGUGCGCGGAGGCUCCUUUGCGAUGCUUACAUGUGCAUGUAUCAGAGCCCUACGAUGAGUUUGUACAAGUAGGACGUGGAGGACUCUCGUGAGAAUGGAGCCUUUUCCCAAGGACUGGACGGUGGCCCAAGAAAGCUCAACGGAGCUCUCUCAGCUUGUGCGUCUGUUGCUGGCAAUGGAUGCCUCAAAAGGGUAUGGAAAUCAAAGAACUAGAAAGAAGAAGAAGAAGCUAUUUUAACGGAAAGGGGAAAUGGUGCGGUGUUGUGUUGCUAAAACAUUCAAAUGUUUUCGCUCUUGGACCUCUGUGUGUGUGUGUGUGUGUGUGUUUGUUUUUUUUUAAAAAUAAAAAAAGUCUAAAUGAAGCGAUUGUAAUGUUUAGGUUGUGUUUCAGAGAAACUGUUUACAUAGAUCGAAGAUUACACCCUCCACCCCCACCCUCUAGAGCCUUCUGAUGCUUCUGAUCCUGCACAGCCUAAUGGAAGAGGACUAUAUAUUUUGGAAGUUAUACAUUUCCCAGCGUUGUCUCCAUCGUGUCCGUAAGACCAGCCGUACCACCUUGGCUACAUCAAAGUCUUUCGAUUCCUUAUUUUGACCCGGAAUAAGUCAAAUCACAAAACCCAAACCAUCACGAGUGCACCGAGUUGAGUGCAUCAAUGCAGAUAUACGUGAUCAAUCCACCUUGUUUGCUCUGGACCAAGAAUUCUCAUUGUUUUCUUCGUAGCAAAUGGGUACCUGCCAAGAAAAGGAAGAGUAACGAGGGUGCAACCUUGCAGCUGUACUCAGAGCUCCAGAAGUGGCCUCCCUUGGCCAGAUUUGCCGCCUGAGUCCUGUUCCAUGAACUGGAAGCCAUUUGUAAGGUCGUUUCUGGGAAUGUGUGGAUGAAACCAGUAUGAUGUCUUUCCAUGGACACACCCUUCUUCAAAGCUAAUCCUGAAAGGCAUGUCUUCAAGCUUGAUUUCCAUAAUGGAAGAAUCCCGAAAACCUGUUUCUUUUGGGGUUUUUUUUGUGUGUUUUGUUUUCUAAAUGAGUUUUGGAAACUUUCAAGCAUGCCCCUUGGUCAAUUUUUCAGAAAGUACCCAAUUACUCGGAAGGUCUGAGGCUAUUCUCCUUUCCUUCAGUGACAGGGAAAAAUGCCCUCCGACACGGCUUGCAAUUCAGCGUGGUAAAGGGGAUGAGAUCAAUUCAUAUCAUUUCAAGAGCUGUCGUAGAGAUCAUUCAAAAGCACUCCAUUAAAUUAUCUUCCUGUCUUCGGUUAGGUAAUAGCUUACGUGUUCGCAUGCGUCUGCACCUGGAGGGCAGAUUUGGAUUACGCAAGCAAUCCAGUCGUCUUAAUACAUUUGUUCCACCGUCCUGACCGAGGGAAUAUGAGUCAAGUUUAAUCUCAUCCAGAUAUUCUUUUGCUGCUUCGCUAUCCGCAUAGGCUGCCCUUUAUGGUUGCAUCUGAAUCGCCCAAUGGGACUUUUAGGUACUGUAUGUUGAUUGGGUGGAUUUGACAGUGUCUUCAGGUCUAGGACAACUUCCCACUUGCGCUGGGACACUAAUACCGAAGAAAGAGUGGACUAGAAUCAUUAAAGAAAGAAUGCCAAAGGAGGGACAAAACGAAAUGUGAACGACAGCAAAAUAGUUUUUAAAAUUAUUUUAAUCAAUUGAAUUGUUGGAACUGUGAGUUGGCCAUCGUGAGUUGACCAUGGGAAAUCGGCCUCAUCAAGUUCUCCCAUUCCAGUGUCUGCAAAGUAGGAUCAUGAGGGCAAUGUUCAGCAAAUUGUACGUUUGGGAUAAAUGUACCCCAUAGACACCAUAUGUAAUAGCAGCAUGUUUAAGACCUCGGUUGCUAGUUAUUGUGCACUUAUUAUUUUUGUCUCAGGGAAUGCCAUGGAAAUGAAGUGUGUUGUCUAUUAAAUGGAAGGCGAACAUUGUAUUUUUUUUCCCCCUCCUUCUGCGCUUUAGAACCGAUUCAUCAUCUCAAAGGAUAUAUUGAGCCAGUGUGUAGUUAAAUCAUUUGACUUGCUGUUCAGUACAUGGCAAAACAUUACUAGCUUGUUUGAAGUAUUCAAUGUCGUAUUGAGUAUUUUUUAUGAACUGUAGAUGCCAAUAGCUUUUCUGCAGUACGGAGGAAAACCUGCUAUUGUUGCCUUAGGUACAUUUUGAAAACAGUAGCUGAAAACAGUAGCACGUGUGAGGUGAGGAACUCUCCCCCCCCCAAAGAAUAAUAUAGAGAUGGAUUGUAGGUUAUGAAGUAGAUCUUUAUAUAUAUAUAUAAAACCCUUCAGGAUGGAUGGUGGGUGCUGAAUGUCGCUUAAGAUCAGCUUGCUAUUGAGAAACUGAUGGAGAGAGUAAUUAGGCAUCUAAAGCUUUUUUCAAUGGUUUCUAAUUGCACAGCAGGACUGCCAGCUCGUUGCAUUAAUUCUCAUUUGUGUAACUCGUGAUUGGAUGCCCUUCUUGUUCCUACUUACCCUGCUUUCCCUUUGAACAUUCGUGGGAACUCCGCGCCUCAGAAGG